AUGGGGAGAACUAUCAAAGCAAGGAUGGGGCCUAGGCCAUGGGUUGCACAUACAAAAUCAGUGAGCUAUGAAAGGAGACCUAUGGGCAAUGAUAGAAGCCCUGUAGGCGAUAGGAGAAAGCCCAUGGGCUACCAAAAGCACCCCAAGCCUUGUUUGAAAGUUGAUAAAUGCGAUGUAACUCUCCUUAUUAUCCUCCUCCGUCAUCGUUUCACACCUCCAGUACCAUACAUAAUUAUUACCGAUAUCAUUAGCAUGUCACCGGAUUCCUGCCAUGAUCUGUGCCAGAAGAACUGCACAUUGGAAGGUUUGGAUAAAGAAAAACAAUAUUAUUGGUUCACUUGGUGGUGUAAGGAAAUUGAAAAGAACGAAAUAAUGAAGGGUGGUGGGAGAUGGGUAGCUGCUGAGAGUGAAAGGAUUCCAGGACUUCGUGAUAACCUUCGAAGUCAAUUGGGAGGUCGUGGCCUAGCAUUUGGAAAUUGUAGACCAAGGAGGUGUUGA